AUGGCCCAGGGCUCGGGGUCGUGCUUUCUUGACGCUGAAAGAAUUCAGCUAAUCGCACAGAUAGAGAAAACGAGAAGUGCACCUGCCCAGGUCGUGAAAAAAUGGGCACAAAAAAAGAAGAAUAAGAGCCCGUCUAUUGCUUCGCCAGAAGAUCUCUCCCUCCCCGACCACUGCAUCUUAGAAAUGCAGUGGGUUUUACAACGUCUUCUUGCUAUUGCCGGGGCCGCCGAGCCAGAGGAUCUUUCCGAGGACGAUACUGACGACGACAUGGGAUUUGAUGAUUAUCGAAAGAUGGGAUUGUGCUCGUCGAGUACCAAGCAGCGACCCGAAACCUCCCCCGGCUCCUCUCUAGCAACUGAAGAAUCGAUCGGAAGAGAUGUAGAGGAUUGUGUUUCGGGGCCGUUGACGGCUGACCAAGAAAAUGAGCAGUAA